AUGUCUGCACACACAUCUGAUUCUAAACACGUCCUACGCGAGAUCCGAUGUAUGCGGCUACUAGGCGCACACGUGAAUGUAGUCAGUAUGUUAGACUUGUUUUGCAACGAUUGCAAUGACGAGCUUUACAUUGUCAUGGAACUAAUGGAUUCUGAUCUUCAUCGGAUAAUCCAAUCGCCACAAACACUAUCAGAUGCGCAUCAUCGCUAUUUUAUGUAUCAGUUAGUCCGGGGUGUUAAGUAUAUACACGCACACGGCAUCAUUCAUCGUGAUCUGAAGCCAGGCAAUCUGCUGGUGACUCGAAAUUGUGUGUUGCGUAUUACAGAUUUUGGUCUGGCACGACAACGGUCUGUGGCUGCACAAGGUGGUGAUCCAGACGAAGAUGCGGGUCCCAUGACCCAGCAUGUCGUCACACGCUGGUUUCAUAUAGCGUCAUGA